AUGAAAAAUAUGGUGCCUGUUGUGGACUGCCCGAAUAGCGUUUGCAUAAAAGCGGUGAUCACAGAAGCACCAGCGAAAAGGGACGUCUGUGGUAGGAUUUUCUUACUUAUUGUUUAUCCAAAUGUUCACUUGACAUGGAUUCCUUUUCUGUUUAAUCACUUUAACUAA